GUAUAGAGGUGAUUUCGACUAAACUUAAUCGAACAGGUUCCUCUCACAUAACAUCAUCAUCUACAGUUGCCUAUUCUGCUGAUGAAUUUUGCCAACCUACAUUCUCCAGAGGAAUUUCCUGGAGCUGGACCAAAGCAGGAGAAGAAGCUACAGCAAAAUGUCCAGAUGGGGCAUCAGGCUCUGCUAAAUGGUAUUGUGAAGGCUAUCCUCCUCACUGGAGUCCUGAGUUUCCUGAUCUAAUGAGAUGUCAAUCUUUUUGGCUUGAAAAUUUAAAAGAAAGAAUGGAUAUUGGUGAUUCCAUUAUCAAGGUUGCGUCAGAACUUGCUGUUAUGUCUAUAUCAAAACAACUCUUUAGUGAAGACUUGAAAAUUAUAAGUGAGAUGAUAAACCAAGCAUUAUAUAAAAGCGUGAAUAGUAUGGAGAAUUAUCUGGACACUUGGCACCGCUAUCAUGUUCUUCGAGAACUUUUGCAGUCAUCCGUCCUUACUUUAAGUAACUUGCUUGAAAACAAGCAAGAUCCUGCUUGGAAAGACAUAGCUUUAGCUGAGAAGAAAAUUCUUAUCUCAACAAUUCUUAGCAGUCUUGAUCAAAGUGCUCUGUUAUUAGCUGAAACAUCAAGUGAAGAUGGAUCGUUUAUUUUAGUAAAGAGUAACAUAUUAAUGUCUCUUCAAGUUUUAAAAUCCAAGAAUCCAAGGACUUUAACUUUUCCAGUUAUGAAUGAAUUAUCAACAGAAGAUGAAAACACAAAUUGGUUAUAUAUGCAAGACAGUAUUGUUCUUCCUCAUAAAGCUAUUGAAAGUUAUGAGAGAAAUGGGUUUUAUAAAGUAGUGUUCAUUGCUUUCAACAAAUUGAACACUUAUCUUAAACCAACAUCUUCUCAAGUAACCCUAGAACAUGAGUCGGAAAAUAUUUCCCAGAUAAUAAAUUCUAGAAUUAUUGGAGCAUCUAUUGAUAAAAGCGGUAAUAACAAACUGGACCAGCCUGUUAUUGUUACUUUUAAACAUCUCAUAGAAGAAAAUGUAACAUCACCAGUUUGCGUGUAUUGGGAUUUUUUCUUGAGAGAUUGGUCCCCUCAAGGUUGCUGGGUUGAGUCAAGUAACAAAUCUCAUACAGUUUGCCUUUGUAAUCAUCUGACAAAUUUUGCACUAAUGAUGAAUUUACAAGCAGAAUCAAUAAUGCCAAUGGAUAAAGACUUCCUGAGUAUGAUUAUUAUGGUUGGAUGCAUAAUUUCCAUUGUUUCAUUGAUGAUCACACUCACUAUUUUAUGUAUAAUAAGUGUGGACUUGACAGAAGACAGUGUUUUCAUUCAUAGAAACAUGUUUUUCUGCCUUCUUCUUUCGGAAUUGAUUUUUAUAGCUGGCAUUAACCAAACAGACCAUUAUAUUGCUUGUGCUGUUAUUGCUGGAUUCUUGCAGUACUUGUUUCUGGCUACUUUUUCUUGGAUGUUUUUUGAAUGUUAUCACCAGUACAUAACUUUAAUUCGAUCUUGUGAUGUCAAAAAAGGAAAAUGCUAUUGGUAUUAUGCUGCUUCCUAUCUUUUACCAGCAAUCAUUACUGGAGUUUCUGCUAUAAUUGAUCCUCUAAGCUACGGAACAAAAUAUUAUUGUUGGCUUCGUGCUGAUAAUUAUUUUGUGUUCAGUUUUGUUGGACCAGCUGUAGGAAUAAUAUUAGGUGGAAUGGUAUUCUUGUGUAUUGCACUAUGCAUGUUUUUUCACAAAAUGUCACUUACAACUACAAUCAUAGGAAAUACUGAUGUUAACCUUUCUACAUUUAAAAAGUGGAACAGAAGAAGCUUUAUUUUAAUUACAAUUUUAUGCUGCACAUGGACAUCAGCCUUCUUAUUUAUUAAUGAGCGAUCCAGUUCAUUAGCGUUUAUAUUUUCAAUAUUCAACAGCAUUCAAGGUGCUGCAAUUCUAAUUUUAUACUGUUUUCAAAAUGAAAAGGUGAAAGAAGAAUUUAAAAAAGUUUUAAGAAAUGAUAUAUGUUUUAAAAAGACAAAAGAACAAGAAACACAAUCCACAAGUCAAACUGAAGCCGUAGUGAAUACUUCAAGAGAUUGCAUUUCAAGAGAAUUUUGGGCGGCAGCUACAGAAAAAAUUCCUACAUCUUCAAAUAAUGUCACAGAUUCUUCUGCUCCAAUACUUGCUUCAAACUCACUAAAUGAAAGUGACGAUGAUUUAAUCUCACAAAAUGGCAUAUGGAUGGCUAGGAAUAAUACCAAUUGGAAGUCCUUUUAUGGAAUGAAAAAUGACAUUAGUGAAAACACAAACAUGCAUUCAAACCAUCCAGAACACCAAUUGGCACAUCAGGAUAACCACCAAUUUUUAUUACCUUCAGACAAUGGCCUAUUUCUAGAUCAUAUAUAUGAAACCAUAGAUGAUGAUGAUCUUCCAGAUGACAAUGCUGAUCAAAUCCUUCCCCCAUUGCAAAGAGCACCACCAAAAGUAUACUAUUGUAAAAACACUCCUUACAGUGAUCAGCAAUCCACAUCAACUUAUGGAUUUGAUAAACAACCAAGAUUAGUAGUGUUUCAAAAUAGACAAAAUUUAUCUCAAAUGUCUUGUACGAUGCCUAAAGACUGCCGAAUUCCACAUGAUCAAAUUAAGCAAGCACGAAAUCAAAAUAGGCCAAUAAAAAGACAAAAAAGUCUUUCAGAUGUAUCAGUGGCAUUUAAAUCCUCGUGCCAUGAGAAUUCCAAGAAUUCUUCAUCUGAUAAAUUUGUUCCAAAAAACUCGUCAGAACAUUAUGAACCCUCAUUACCAGAUCUGCUCCAAAAUCCAAAUGAUAAUUCUAUUGUAUUAGCAGUUUUAGAUGGUAACAAAGUUGUGAGCAGGAUCCAGCCAGAUGAAUCUAUAAUUCAACCACAUUACAAGCUCAGCACAUAUUGCUGACAAAGUUAUAAAUAAUACUGUCAAACAUAUUCUGUUAUAUUUCAUACGCAAAGGAAAACUAUAAUUCCUAGUCUAAAUGUUCUUAGCUAGUCACUGUUCAACCGUCCCAAAUUUUCCUUUUUUUCUCCUAUUUUUACACAGUUUUAUGCUAAUAUUGAGCAAAACGACAUUAAUUGGUCCUAACUAUUCCCUCAGCAGCAAAAACAUAUUUUUAAAAAAAAGCUCAAAAUUGUUAAUAUUUUCCCAAGCUCAAAGUUUUUUAUGAAUACUUGAGAAAUAAUAUAGACUUUUACAUCGAAAUUUAAACAGAGAAUAAAUUGAAAGUAUCCUUGAAAAUUUUUCUUUUUAUGUUGGGAAGGAAACGGUUGAGACCAAUUAUCGUGAUUUUGAUCUAAUAUUAAAAUUUCAGUAUGAAUAAGUCUUUCAAACAGGAAUUUCAUUUUUAUUAAAACUCUACAGUAUAGAAAUGAUACUUUCAUCUUUAACUAUUAUUCUUGUUUUUAGGUAAUAUUCAAAAUGAACUCCAUCACACUUUCUGUAUUGUUUUAUCUUUUUCCAACAAUCUUUCACAAAAAAAUUUUUACCAAAGAUUUAUACGUACUACAAUUCUUUAACUAUAGUUGUGAAUGAUUGAAUAUCGUGAAAAUUAGACUUUGAUUUAUGUAUUUCAUUUUAUAUGCAUAUAAUCAUCAUCAAAAUUUUAUAUGCCUAUAAUCAUUAAAAGUUAAAUAUCUGAAAACCAGUAUUUUUAUAAUGAUAAGAUUAAACAAUCAAAUUCACCAAACUUAUUAAAUAAAGUCAACAUUCAAAUAUAUUUAAAUCAAAUACUCUGAGUAAUAAAAUAAUACUGGUAACACAUUUCUGUACUAAUCCGAUUGCGAAAUUCAGAAAAAUAUUUGUAAAACUAUAUCAUACUCACAGGCUCCAGCUUACAAGAAAAUCGCCUUAGUAGAUUUUGGACACCUUAACUAUUCAGUGCUUAUCUACUUUUUAUAUUUAUUGAUCAGUUUUCACUUCUUUAAAAUAAAAAUGAAAUUUUCAUGUUCAUUUCAUUACAAAAUUGAAUUGAAUAAGAAUUUUUUUAUGUUUCCAGGGUUGCUAACUUUCUUCGCUUUCUGGGGGAAAUAUUUCUAGUGGUAGCAAACAAAUAUUUCUCAGUUAAAAGCAUUGAUUUUGGUUAUUUUUCUAACAUUGUUCCAAUUUUUACUAACACUAUCCUAAUUUUUUAAAAGAAAUACUCUUUCUUUCUCAUCUGCAUCAAUAUGAAUUGAAUAUUUAGCUUCAUUAAACAUGUGUAGGCUAAUAAGCUACUUAGUUUAAAAUUAUAUAUUAUUUUAAGGAUGUCCAUGAUAUCUGUUAAACCUUUGCCUAUUUUAAUUUCCUUUUAUGUUCCUAUUUUACAUUUGCAAGCUUUCAGAAAUAUAAACAAUUGUCUUCUAGGCAAGGCAAUGAACAUAAAGAUUUUCAAAAUUCAAGUAGUUCAAAUUUUACUUUUAUCAAGUAAAAAAUUAAAACUACAUUUAUUUCAACAAUUCUGAUAAAUGUGAUAUGCAUAUCACAAUGUAACUUAAUUCCUACUGGAAUUUCUAUUUGUAUACAAUUUAAUUUAAGUAAUUGGUCAGAUUUAUGGGAAAUGCACUGAUAUCCAAUUCUCUACUAGCAUUUAUAUUGAUAAGUUUUGUGCAUAGAAACAUAUGGGUGCUUUUAUUAAACUGAUGAUGUAUUCGACAAAAAAUAAAUACAUAUUAAAAUAUGAAGAUUAAAAUCAAGAAAAACUGUUCCAGACAUACAACAUUAAAAUAAAAGCACUUGAAUAAAUGUUAUGCAAAUUGUUCUAUAUUUAUGUGAACAUUUCCAUUCCAUUUCACAUAAUUUGUGCUAUGUCUUAUAUUCAACAUAAAGUUCACUUAUGAUUUAUAGAUCAGUAAUAAAUUUCAAGUUGAGCAAAGCGCAUGAGAAUUCUGAAAUAAAUAUAAACUUAUAAAGGGAAUUUUAGAUCUGUACUGUAUUUAGUUAUUCUAUGAUCAAAUGCUUGUAAACUUAAUUUUAAAAUUAUUACGAAAAAACUAGAAUUUCUUAAACAUAAAAAUCUUACAACCCUAAAUGCAAGUUAGGAGGGGGAAUAAAAUAAAUAUGCUAAAAUACUAUGUUCUAUUUUUCAUAAAUUGAAAAAAAAAAAGAAACUAGAAUUCCAUGACAACAAAUCAAUUUUAUUUUUUAUAUAGAAAAUUGCAUCAAUACUUAUAACAAAUAAAGUAUUAGCUUGUGAAAAUAAAUAUUAGUGCAUUAAUUACUAUUGGUGCAUUAAUUACAGUACUAAAAUUGUAUGCAAAUUAUCAUGUGUCAAUUUUAUUCAACUUAAUUUAUAAAAUAAAUCUAAAACUUUAUUAAACUCAAUUUGCAAAAAGUUAUAUUCGAUAAUCAAAUGCAUAUAACUUUGAAACAAAAAGUGUGUGAUCGAAAAACUGAAAUUUCGUAACUGCAAAAUUUGAAGUUAUAUUUUACUUAUAAAAAUCUUAUUCAUGCUUAUCAUAAACAAAGUAUUGACUUACAUUGAUCAGAACAAAUAAAAACUUAAUUAUUAGUACAUAUUUAGUAAAAAAAAAAUUAGAUCUGUACUGAAUGUAGAUAAUACUACAAAUAACAGUAUUAUAGAAUGAAAUUUAGAUUGCUGUAACCAAAGUAUUAUAUUUAGAUUGUUCAAAACAAUGUAAAUCUGAUGUUAUAUAUAAAAUGUAAAAACAAAUUAAAAGAAGCAACAAACAUAUUUUUUCACUUUUUACUGUUCCGAAUUUUUUCAGAUUUGCAAUUUUUACUUUUAAAUCUACACUUAUAUCUGUGCACUUUCUUAUUAAUUAGUCUGGAAAUGUUUGAUAAAUAAAUGUGAUAGAUGGAAAAUAAGGACAUUUACAUCCUUAUCUCAAAAGAAUCUACAUAAAUCAUUAUUUUGUAUUUCCAUUUCAUAAAGUUAUGUGAUGACACCAUUUUACUUUGUAUGAUAACAAAUUGUGUAAAAUUGAGACCAAGCUUUACAAGAAUUGUUUAUUUUCAAUUUGAAUUUUUUUUUUAAUAUUUGUUUAUCUCAUUAUAUUUACCUAGUGCAUCUAUGAAAUGGUUGAUUUGAAUUUGGUUAUACUUUGAACCACAUGAUGUAGUUUAACUCAUGAUAAAUCUUAGAAUGGUAAUUAUGAACAUUUUUUACUAAACCAUUUAAUUAAUAUAAUACUGCCAAAUCAGCAAUGCUACAUAUUCUAUAUACCUGUGGAUUACUCUGAAUUUUUCAUCAUUGAUCAAAAUGAAUGAAAUGGUUAGAAUAAAACUAAAUACAGGGUCAGCUUUUUACAAACAAUUAGAAAUUCCAACUUGGUAAUCAAAACUAGAGCUUGAAUUUCAGGUUCCAAUAAAAAAUAUCAGUUUAAGCCUCAGUCUUAAAAAUCAUUGCAACCUAAGAAUUGAUGUAAACUCUCAUUAAUUUUCAUAGAAAAACUGAUAUAUCAAACAAGAUAUACCAUUAUGUAAAAUUUAAAUAAAACAAAACAAUAAUUUCUGACAUUUUCUCUAAAUUACAAUGAAGCUCUUUGCAAGUUUUAUAAUUCAAGAAACAAAAUAUAAAAUACGAAACAAAUUAUAGUUUGUUUGCUUUGGCUAAACAUGCUGUCCAUGAAAGAAACAAUACUGAUUAUUAAAAAGUAUCCAAUGAUAAACACUAAAUUUAUUCAUAGCACCAUAAAAGGAUAACUAACUCUUAAAUUGAGUUCAUUGCAUUGGAGAUCAACACUAAAUUUGUUAUCAGCACUAGGUUUCCCCACAGCACCAUACAUUUUACCAGCGAAAUAAGCUUUAAGAUCUUAUAUUAUGCAUCAUAACUACUUUCUGUGCUAAUUAAUAUUUUAAUAUCUUAUGUAAAUCAUAACAAAAUAGUAUUGAAAUUGAUCUGACAUUUAACAGAUUAAAAAAAAGUCUCGUUAUUUAGAUGGGAACUAAUAUGUUUACUGGAUUUGUAAGUCAAUGAACAAAUCAAGUAUCAUAUGAAUGAGUAAAUUUCCAUUAUGUCGAGACUAUCCACAUGUUCGAUUGCUGGUGCCAAACGACUGGGUUAAGAAUUUCAUAAGGAUACUUAAACAUAUUUUCUUCACACUUUUAGGUGUUGUGAGAAAAAUUAUUGAUGCACUAAGUGAAUAUAAAUAUACAUUGCAUAUAAUGUAUAUUAUGUACAUAAAUAUCAUAUACAGGGUGUUGUAAUCAAACUUCUUUGCCUACAGAGCAAACUCAAAUAAAAAUAUACUAAACGAAGUAUUUUUUUCCUAAUACAUUGCAUUUGCAACUUAUUUAAUUUCCACAUAAUGCAGUUUAUCCUUCAAGUGUUGAGCUUCUGAGGAAAAUUGUACUAAAAUUAACCUGCUCUGCACUACUUUUCCAAUUAAAAAUAGCAUAGGAAAAAUCUUUUUUUUUUAAGCAGGUAAACCUACAAUUUAAAAUUUAAAGAAAACCGGGGUGAUUAGAUGGCUAAGUUUAGAAAACACCAACACUUAUCUAAAGCUUGUCUAGAAAGCAAUGGUAACUUGUCCAAUGGUCACACAAUCAUGCAGCUUCAACCUCCAUGCCCCGCCUUGCCCACAACUGGUUAUAUUGGCAAUGUUUUACUUAUCUAAUAAAUCUUUUAUAAUUGUAAUAAAUUUAUAUCUUAGUACUGAAAGGGCUCAUACAAAACAUUGACCUUUUUAGUACUGAAGUACAAAUAUACAUUUAUAGUUGUUUCUAUGUUGAAAUUUACUCUGGCAGUAUUGAAAGAAAUUGUAAAAAUCAGUUCUUGAAUUUCCAAUUUUAGCUGUCCACUUUCAUUCAGAGCAUUAGUUCCCAUUUUUUUUCAAACUUGGAGCAGGUUGCUUCUCUGCAAUUAAAAGUAGUUUCUAAAUUAAACAAGAAAAUAUUAAGUAUGAAAAAAAUUUUAUAAAUUUAGCCUCAGAGUUCUAAUAAUUGGAAGGAACACUCAAAUAACAAGAAUUCUGUCUGCGUGAAUUUUUUAUUUUAGUUUUUAUGCAACUUAAGCUUGCAGAUUUAAGUUUGUUUCAGGCAGAAUUCUCUCUUAUCUUUGUCAAUAAAAACUUGUGUGAUCGAUUUUUUAUCAGUUGCAAAUCUUAGAUAAAUAUUGAUUUAGCAAAUAUUUUCUAAUGCAUUAAUAGUUUAGCAUAGAAGACUCGUUUUAACUCAUAAAAUUCGCAGAAAACAUAUAGCUUAACAAAACACAACAAUUAACAUUAGAUAAAAAGUUAAUGUUGACCAAAAAGAAAUAUGUAUCUUUUGAUGGUAUAAGUUAAAAAAAAAAUACAACAAUCAAAAUGUUUAAAAUUCUAUAUUUUUACAUUAGAAGUAUGAUUUUUAAAAAAAAAAAACAAAACAGGAAUUUAAUCUCUCCAGAGUAAUGUUCUUAAAGGCAAAGUAGUGUUUUACCACUCAUCAUGAGAAACAUUGAUGAUUUGAUUUCAUUAGUUUUUUUAUUAUUAUUAUUAUCACUUGCUUGUUUUUCAACCAUGCAUAGGUGUGUGUAAACGUGGUUAUUUAUUCAGAGGUGUAUCCUACUGCUGAAUCAUUGAAUGUUUAUUGUUCCUUCUAUUUUAUCAACACUUUUAUAUGUAUGUAUUCAAAAGAAUUUGACAUUCUUUUUAACUAUGUCAGCUUGCGGUCCUGGUGAUUAAUCCUCACAAACUGUGAUUAUGCUCUGCCUCUAGUUGUCGUCAAAUGGGCGUCUGGUUCAAUGUCAGAUGUUUAUAAUGCUGUGAUACUUGUCAUCUCCAACUUUUGGCUUGCUAAUGUUGGAAUUUGCUGUUUGCACAAUUCAUGUUUUUUGGCUUUAUAUUAUGUAAUAUUUGCUCAUUGUAAAUUAUAGGUUUGUUUGUUAGAAGGAUCAUUUUGAAAAUAAAGUGUAUAAAAAUAUU